AUGGCUUCGUACGAGACACCGAGUGUGGACGUCAAUGCCAAUGGUUGGGGCCCCACGGCUCUGCCGGAGCAGUUCCUCAACGUCCCCUAUGCGCCCUUCAACAAGGGCGACAAGCUGGGCAAAGCCGCCGACUUCGUGUCCAACUACGCGCCGCGCGGAUCCCGAUACACUCGUGACCCAUCGGGGGUGAACGCCGAGUUCCAAUACAAGCAUGACUCGAAGGAGGACGCCACGUUCCAACUGGUCGACACUUCCAAGGGCACGCGUCCCAAGACAGAGGACCGUCUGCGUCCCACAUGGAACCAGCAGCGCUUCGGAGGUCGCGGUGGACGCGGCGGACGUGGUGGACGCGGUUCGUACAAUGACAAACCUGACCCGAACGGCCCCACCACGUCGUCUGCGCAGCUGCGUAUGAAGGGUAUGCAGAAGCAGAAUAAGCGCUGGGACCGCCUGAGCAACGCACGUCGCGCUGUUACCUUCCGUCGCCGCGACGAAGUGCACGUCGACCGUGCUGCGUCUGUUAAGGUGCAGGCGAGCUGGAACCUCGUGGACCAGUUCGAGAUGCAGCAACUUACCAAGCUGCAGGCUAAUAUUCCCAAAUCUGAGGACCUGAAAUGGUGCGGCGAGCUGCGUGAGUUCGACGCCUCUUUCGACCGUAUCACAAGCCGCUCCAACACGCGCUUGCACCGCUACGACGACCGCGACUUCUACUACGUCACCACGACCGAUGAUCCUGUUAUCGAGGACCUCGCCCAACAGGGAGAAGCCACAGUGUUCGCUACAGACGCCAUCUUGGCGCACCUUAUGGCCUGCACACGCUCGGUCUUUCCUUGGGAUAUUGUGGCUCAGCGCGUGAACAACAUGGUGUUCUUCGACAAGCGCGACGAGUCCAACUUCGACCUGCUUACAGUCAAUGAGAACGCCUCUGACCCGCCCAACCAGGACGACCCGGAGCACAUGAACCACCCGGACCGUCUCAGUCUCGAAGCUACGAUGAUCAACCAGAAUCUGUCACAGCAGGUGCUCAAGUCUGGCAACGGAGCUUUCCACAAGAAGCUCGACGAACCCAACCCGUUCGCCAGUGAAGACGCCCAGCCUGCUAGUGGCGCCUACCGCUACCGAAAGUUCGAUCUUGGAGGAGGACUCAAUUUGGUGGCACGUUGUGAGGUGCAGGGUGUGGCACUCAAAAAGGGCAAGCAGCAGUACGUGUCUACAUUCGCACUUAACGAGUACGACCCCAAGUUCCCUGGAUCUAUCGAGUGGCGCAAGAAAAUCGACUCCCAGGUGCGUCGCCCCGACAUUUUGUCGAAUUGUGUAUAUGUAUGUGUCUAUAUCUGUAUUAUGGUAUGA